GCCUAUACAAAAUUGGGUUGGGCAAUUGUAACGCCGAUACAUCAACCAAUCAACGCCACAACGCCGAUACAUCAACCAAUCAACGCCACAACGCUGCUACAUCCACCAAUCAACGCCACAACGCUGCUACAUCCACCAAUCAACGCCACAACGCUGCUACAUCCACCAAUCAACGCCACAACGCUGCUACAUCCACCAAUCAACGCCACAACGCUGCUACAUCCACCAAUCAACGCCACAACGCUGCUACAUCCACCAAUCAACGCCACAACGCUGCUACAUCCACCAAUCAACGCCACAACGCCGCUACAUCCACCAAUCAACGCCACAACGCCGAUACAUCCACCAAUCAACGCCACAACGCCGAUACAUCCACCAAUCAACGCCACAACGCCGAUACAUCCACCAAUCAACGCCACAACGCCGAUACAUCCACCAAUCAACGCCACAACGCCGAUACAUCCACCAAUCAACGCUACAACGCCGAUACAUCCACCAAUCAACGCCACAACGCCGAUACAUCAACCAAUCAACGCCACAACGCCGAUACAUCAACCAAUCAACGCCACAACGCCGAUACAUCAACCAAUCAACGCCACAACGCUGCUACAUCCACCAAUCAACGCCGAUACAUCCACCAAUCAACGCUACAACGCCGCUACAUCCACCAAUCAACGCCACAACGCCGCUACAUCCACCAAUCAACGCCACAACGCCGAUACAUCCACCAAUCAACGCCACAACGCCGAUACAUCCACCAAUCAACGCCACAACGCCGAUACAUCCACCAAUCAACGCCACAACGCCGAUACAUCCACCAAUCAACGCUACAACGCCGAUACAUCCACCAAUCCACCACAAGACCACCACAUCUGGUCAGUCUAG